UUUUCGGUAGGGAAACCGAAGUGGAAAGUUGUCUGGCUGCGAGGUUGGCCACAUACGGGGCUCUGUUGUAUGCGGAAAACGGAUUUUUCCUAUAGAUUCGGACAUUGACGCGUUUCGGUGGUUGAACAGCCGCUAUCAUCGGUGUAUGGUGUGAAACACAGUGGCCUCGGAUGAUUUCACACGAGCCUUUUGCUGUGGUCGGAGGUUGUAUGUGGGGGUGAGUGUGGGCGUGAUGGGGCGCGGGCUGUGCUCGCCCAUGGAGCUCGGCUAGAGGCGUGCCUCGCCCCCGCCCGGCCGCCCGCCGCCCCCUCCUGCGCCGCCCUUUCGGCCCGCCCAUGGAGCCGCCCGAACACCAUCGGGGGGACCACCGCUGCCACAGGCCCAGCGCCUUCGACAAGAUGGAGGGGCUGGUGAGAGAGAUGCAGGACACGGAGCAUGGGGGCGUUCCUGUCAGAAGCCAAAAAUUAUUCCUAACAUCAAUUCCUGCCGCAUUUAUGGGUUAUGAUCUAAUUGAAUGGUUGAUGGAGCGCCUUGGAAUCGAAGAAUCUGAGGCGCUCAACAUUGCUAAUCAAUUAUGUCAGUACGGCUACUUCUUCCCCAUAAGUGACUCAAAGAACCUAGUAGUUAAAGACGAUAGCUCAUUGUACAGAUUUCAGAAUCCCUAUUAUUGGCCUUGGCAAAACAGAUCACCUGACAAUGUAGAAUAUGCAAUAUAUCUAGCGAAAAGAACGUUGAGGAAUAAACAGCGGCAUGGACUGGAAGAAUACGAACUGGAGUCGCUUAGUAACCUGAAGAAAAAUCUGGCCAACAAAUGGGAUUUCAUCAUGAUACAAGCGGAAGAACAGGUGAAAGCCUCGAAGGGCCUGAAGAAGGCCGACAAGCUGGUGGCGGACUCACAGGAACGAGCUUAUUGGCGGGUGCAUCGGCCACCCCCAGGAAUGGUGGGCUCGCUGGAGCCCUGCCCUGUGCCCACGAGGAGCUGGAACGGCGGUUGUCGCACCAGGAAGAGAACCAUCGAGGAUUGCAGGAGGGAGGUGGAAUUACUGCGGAACAGCUUAUCGAAAACCCGCGUUAAAGUAUCGCAAGCCCUGGAAAGCAUGGUGCAGCAUGUGGAAAUCUACAUGGAAUACGACCCCCUGAUCACCCCCACUCAGCCAUCCAACCCCUGGGUGAGCGAAGAUCUGACCUACUGGCAGCUGAAUAGCCCGCUGGUAGACGUACCGACUGAAAAAAGAGUGAGACGAUGGGCCCUAUCCAUGGAAGAGCUGGUAUCUGAUCCUACAGGUCUUCAAGAGUUCACCAACUAUCUCAGAAAAGAGUACAGCCACGAAAAUAUCCGAUUCUGGAUGGCAGUGAACGAUCUCAGGAGAUCAGCUCAAUCGCAAAUCGCAUGGAAAGUUCAGGACAUUUUCGAAGAAUUCCUGGCCCCCGGAGCUCCAUGCGAGAUCAACAUAGACGGCAAAACAAUGGAAAAAGUUCACCAAGAAAUGAAAACGCCAAAUCGUUUCACAUUCGACGCCGCACAAGAGCAUGUAUAUACGUUAUUGCUGAAGAAAGACUGUUAUCCUAGCUGCAGGAACCUGUCGGCCGUGCACUGGGAACCGCCUCGCCGCGCCUCGUUCUCCGUGCCGGCGACCACCCUCCCGACUGACCCCAGGAAAAUCGCCUCGUUCGAGGACGCCUCUGCGGCGUCAACGGGCGCCCGGCGGGCAGACGUCGACGACGGCGCCGUGGAGGAGGAGAUUGAAGCGUCCCGAGGGUCGGUAUCGGGGCCGUUGAGUCCAGCGAACACCAGCGGUGCUCCCACCAUAAGCGUCAGCUCCGUAACGGACGACCGUCUCGCCGGCAAAGCGGACGACGCCCCAACUGAAGCGACCGCUGACGACACCUGCCAAAAACCGGUGGAGGGGAUGAGCAAAAAGCCGAUGGCGCCGCUCGCAGAGCCAGACGCCGAGUCGCCGUGCAGCGAGCAGCCGCCUUCCGAGCCCGGCGACGAGCUGCUUCGCGAGGGAGACGCAGAGGGUGAGGCCAAGAGCAACGAUGUGUGCCCUUGGGAAGACGAGUAA